CAAGCAUGGCUUCGAACUUGACGUCGGUUCGGCUGAAUCGCAUACCUUUAUUCCCAGUGACAAAUUACUUCAGUCUGCAACUCAAAAGAUGUCGUUCGACCCAAAGUUCUGCCUUGAAAUCUCUGUGGAAGACGUCGUUGUCAGAACCUUUGCCUUCAGCUCCUGUUCCUAUCUACGCAUCCAGCAGAAAUACCAACCAUGAAACCAAAGUUGAAACUCUCUCAAAUGGCCUCCGUGUUGCAUCCCAAAAUAAGUUUGGCCAAUCUUGUACAGUUGGAGUUGUUAUUGAUUCUGGUUCAAGAUAUGAAGUAGCUUAUCCAAGUGGCAUUUCACACUUUCUUGAAAAAUUAGCGUUCAAUUCUACGGCAGAAUUUAAGGACAAAAAUGCUAUUCUGGCAGAAUUAGAAAAAUAUGGUGGAAUAUGCGAUUGUCAAGGUAGCAGGGAUACUUUAAUCUAUGCAGCUUCUGCAAACACCAAAAGUUUAGACCCAGUUAUCAGUCUUUUGUCAGAAGCUGUGUUGAGGCCCAAGUUCUCCUUACAAGAAGUAGAAAAAGCGCAGCAAACAAUUCAGUUUGAGUUAGAAGAUAUUGAAAUGAGGCAAGAUCAAGAACAGCUAAUGAUGGAAAUGAUUCAUGCGGCUGCUUACAAUAAUAAUACAUUAGGCCUUCCAAAGCUAUGUCCGCCUGAAAACAUCUUGCAAAUUGACCGAAAAAUGCUUUUCACAUACCUGAAGCAUCACUUUGUUCCUGAAAGGAUGGUGGUUGCUGGUGUUGGAGUUGAACACGAUGCUUUAGUUGAAACUUGUCAAAAAUAUUUCGUGGAAAAAAAACCUAUUUGGGAAGUGGAAAAACUGAGCUCAGAUCAGACAGUGCCAAUAGAUGAAUCAAUAGCUCAAUAUACUGGUGGAUUGGUAAAGCUGGAGAAAGACAUGUCUGCCAUUAACUUCGGGCCAUCCCCUAUGCCUGAGCUUGCCCAUUUCGCAUUGGGCCUAGAAAGUUGCUCUCAUCAGCAUUCGGACUUUAUUGCAUUUUGCGUUCUCAACACGAUGAUGGGUGGAGGGGGCUCUUUUUCUGCCGGGGGUCCAGGAAAAGGAAUGUAUACUAGACUGUACACAAAUGUUUUGAACAGGUACCAUUGGAUGUACAGUGCAACUGCAUUUAAUCAUUCCUACUCUGACUCUGGGUUAUUUUGCAUUCUUGCCAGUGCACACCCAAAUCAACUGAAAGACUUGGUAGACGUGAUUGUAAAUGAAUUUAAAGCUAUGACUGGACAAAUAUCUCAAUCUGAAUUAGAUCGUGCGAAGACGCAGUUACAGUCAGUGCUACUGAUGAAUUUAGAAUCUAGACCUGUUAUAUUUGAAGAUAUUGGCAGACAAGUACUCGCUACGGGCACCAGAAGAGAACCAGAGUAUUUUAUUGAUGAAAUAGCCAAAGUUACAGCCGAUGACAUUCACAAAAUAGCUACUCAAAUGCUGAGGAGCAAAGCUUCAGUGGCCGCACUCGGUGACUUGAAGCAUCUUCCUACUCUAAGAGAGAUAAAUGCAAAUCUCGUCAGCAGAGAAAGACUUCGAGCCCACAGAUUUUCAUUGUUUUCUUAGCGGUCAAAAUCGUUCACAAAAACUAUUUCAUUUGUUUUGUUAAAAAUGAACAUUCUGUGGUUCCAUCACAAUAGUGUAUAAUAAAUUCAGAAAAUAAAUUUUAAAAAGAAAAGA